AUGAAUCAAUCUCCAGGUGGAGUUUGUAGUAGCAAUGCUACUCCAAUAGAGUUAAGUGGUGAACAUGUUGAAGAAUUAGCGGGAGCACAACAUCUUGAAGAGAUUGACAAUGCUGAAGUCGAAAUUGUUCCAGAAGUGCAACUCAAUACAUCUGCACAAAGGAAAAACCAAGCAUGGAGUAUCGCCGAAGACAAAGCUCUUGUAUCAGCCUAUAUAAAUGCAGGAGGCGAUGUGGAGAGGGGAACCAAGACCAAGAGAAGCGGAUUAUGGGCAGAAAUUCACAACCAGUACGAAAAGGCUAGAGCUGAAAAUCUCAAUGAGAUUAAGGUAAGACACGUUAAAUCUUUGCAAAAUCGAUGGGAUCACAUAAAUGAACAUGUAAGUAAAUGGGUUGACGCCUACGGUUAUCAUUUUCGAACUAAGGGUAGUGGUGAAUCUGAGCAAAAUUUGGAGAGAUUCGCUCACAUAGAUUACAAAGCAACUAACAAUAAGAUGUUUUGUUAUUUGCAUUGUUUUGCAAUUAUGAGGAAAUACCCCAAAUGGGAUCCCUCCUUGUCCAAAGUUCAGUCCGAUAUGUUACCGGGUGGUCAAGCAUCUACAGAUAGUGGGGGGAGCGGUAAAAGAUCCCAACCCGAUUCACAGUGUGAGGUUGGCGGAAGGGCUAAAAGACCUCUUGGCAUAAAACAGACAAAGAUGAAAGGUAAAGCAUCAAGUACUUCGUCAAGUGUAAAUCUUGACUCUUUAAAUACAAAUUUUAAUGACAUGGGAGAGAAAUUGGGUCAAUUGGGAGAGCGACUACUUGAUCAGAUGAGAGAACGAGAUGAAGAACAAAAGGCCCGGGUAGAAGAAAAGAAAAGGCAGAAGGAGGAGGCCAUGAAGUUCAGAAUGUUAGAAAGGUUAAUGCAGAACUCCGUUCUUGAUGACAAGGAAUUAGCAAUGUAUAACAAACUGAGAGACGAAUUUAGUAGUAGGUUUUCGCUUUAA